AUGUGCUGUUCAAGGAAAUAAAAAACAAACACUUAAAGAGAAGAAAUAAAUAAAUUAGGAAAAUUAACAAGACUUACAGAAACUGAAUUGAUAGAAUUAAAAACUAGAUUUGCCAGAAUGUCAUAGGGUUCUAAUUUUGUGACUAAGUUUUAAUUUCGAGAUAAUUUGGGUUUACUUGGGAUGGGUACUAUGCUACAUUUAUCAGAUAGAAUCUUUCUCAUUAUGGAUGAUGAUAAAGAUGGUAAGGUAUGUUUUAAAUGAAAUCUAUUUAGAUUCGAUUUGAAGAUUUCGCUCUUUAUUUUGAUAAAGUAAGUCAUGGAGAUGCCAGAGAAAAGGCUGAGAUUAGUUUUAAGUUGAUUGAUAAAAACAAGGUUGGAAGCUUUACAUCAGCUGAAUUCAAUGAUACAAUGUAAGGAGUAAUUAAUAGCUGGAUAGCCAUGACUGGAUAAAAUUUAACCAGCGAAACUAAGAAAUAGAUUGACUAAAGAAUAAAAUUAAUUUUCAAAACCAUGGAUGUUGACCAAGCUGACAGAGUUACAUUAUAAUAAUAUUAAGAUUCUGUUAUAGCUGAUCCAGCACUCUUAGAAAUAUUUGACUUCGCUAGAAGAGGUGUUACUCUUGAAACUAUAGAUUUUAGCAUUUAAUAACAAUCUAGGUAUAUUUAAAAUAUAGAAAAAAAACUUGAUCAAUUACUAGAAUUUAUGAAUUAAGAUGAUAAUAAAAAAGAAAAACAACUUCCUCAUUUUAUUAGAGGAAGUACUGAAUAAGAAUAAAAAUAAAGGAAUAGUUAAGUUGAAAAUCUCCAUUCCCCUAUUGUUAGUCUUUUUAAAUAUGAAAGUGAUGAAAACAACCAUUAUAAUUUAAAUAACGAAUAGGGAGUUAAUAAAUUCUUUACUUCAGAGUAAUUUGCAUCCUUUAAUUAUAAUCAUUCUAAUGAACUAUCAAUUGAACAUAUAAAAAAUGAUUAGAAUUAGGAUUUUUCAUUUUAUGGACAACAGAAACCCAAAACUAAAUAAAAAGCAUUAUUUUAAUAAAUUCCAUAGAAAUUAAUUGAACAAGAUACCUCUGAACCUAAAGAGGAAGAUCAAUUUUGUUAAACAGAACAUAGUUUUGAAAUUGAAAAUGAAAAAAAUCAAUUUUAUUAAUUUGUAGACUAAAUGAAUGCUGAUUAACUUAAAAAUAAAUAUAAAUCUAUGAUCACAUCAGUUUAAGAAAUCAGUAAAGAGGUUCAAAGAUUGAGAGAAUUAAUUGAUCAAAAUCAAAUAAAACAAUAAAAAAUGGACAUUAUUGAUUAGAUUAAUGAAUAAAGAUUACACACUAUUAUAAAUAUACCAAGAAAGUAAACAUCUAAUAAAAAUCAAAAACAAACGAAAAAACCAAAAAUUAGUGUUUCAUUUGGACAUGAAAACUUUAAUUUAGUAUUAAAUAUGAUGAUCGGAAUUCAAAUGGCAGUAAGCAGUAUUAAUAUAGCAGAUGACUAUGAAGUUGGUUCAAAAGAUUUUAAAUUAAAAUAUUAUUUUGAACUCCUACCAAGAAGAGCAUAAGGUGAUAAAAGCUCUUUUAAAGUAUGUUAGUUCUUUGAUUAUGCUCCACGAGUAUUUAAUAGUAUUAGAACUAUUUAUGGAAUAGACAAUCAUUAAUAUCUAAAAAGUAUUGGUCCUGAAUCUAUUUUACAAUCUUUAAUUAAAGGAGAUUUAUCUUGUCUAUAAGAAUUAACAUCGACAGGAAAAAGUGGAAGCUUUUUUUAUUAUACAGCAGAUGGGCAGUUUACUUUAAAAACAAUACAUCAUUAAGAGUUUCGAUUUCUGAAAUAAAUUAUGAGAAAUUAUUAUUACCAUCUCAAAAAUUAUCCAGAAACAUUGAUUAUAAAGUAUUAUAAACAUUUAAACAAGAUUAUUUGGAAUGCAUAAGAUUGGUAUAAAAUAUUAGACUAUGUUAAGAGAAAAAGUUAUUUAUUUUGUGAUUAUGAGCAAUGUGUUUUCAACAAAUCAUGAAAUUAAUGUUAGAUAUGACUUAAAAGGUUCAACCUAUGGAAGAUAUACUGUUGAUAAGUAAGAAACUGUUAUUUAAAGCAAGCGAUCCAACUGUUGCCAGAAAAGAUUAGAAUUUCUUAGCAGAUAAAGAAAAAAACUUAAAACUGAAUAUCAAUAAGAAUAAAUCAAUGCUUUUUUUCAAUCAAUUAGAAAAAGAUUGCAAGUUUUUUGAAGAUAAUGAUAUCAUCGAUUAUAGUCUAUUAUUAGGUUUACAUGCUAAAGGCAAUAAAUUAAUGGAUAAUGAAUCUUCUGUUUAUUCAGAAAAUCCUUAAUUUGAUGAUUUUAGUAAGAUGGUAACGGUUGAUAAUUAAUACACUUUAUAUAUAGGCAUAAUUGAUAUCNCUAGAAGAGGUGUUACUCUUGAAACUAUAGAUUUUAGCAUUUAAUAACAAUCUAGGUAUAUUUAAAAUAUAGAAAAAAAACUUGAUCAAUUACUAGAAUUUAUGAAUUAAGAUGAUAAUAAAAAAGAAAAACAACUUCCUCAUUUUAUUAGAGGAAGUACUGAAUAAGAAUAAAAAUAAAGGAAUAGUUAAGUUGAAAAUCUCCAUUCCCCUAUUGUUAGUCUUUUUAAAUAUGAAAGUGAUGAAAACAACCAUUAUAAUUUAAAUAACGAAUAGGGAGUUAAUAAAUUCUUUACUUCAGAGUAAUUUGCAUCCUUUAAUUAUAAUCAUUCUAAUGAACUAUCAAUUGAACAUAUAAAAAAUGAUUAGAAUUAGGAUUUUUCAUUUUAUGGACAACAGAAACCCAAAACUAAAUAAAAAGCAUUAUUUUAAUAAAUUCCAUAGAAAUUAAUUGAACAAGAUACCUCUGAACCUAAAGAGGAAGAUCAAUUUUGUUAAACAGAACAUAGUUUUGAAAUUGAAAAUGAAAAAAAUCAAUUUUAUUAAUUUGUAGACUAAAUGAAUGCUGAUUAACUUAAAAAUAAAUAUAAAUCUAUGAUCACAUCAGUUUAAGAAAUCAGUAAAGAGGUUCAAAGAUUGAGAGAAUUAAUUGAUCAAAAUCAAAUAAAACAAUAAAAAAUGGACAUUAUUGAUUAGAUUAAUGAAUAAAGAUUACACACUAUUAUAAAUAUACCAAGAAAGUAAACAUCUAAUAAAAAUCAAAAACAAACGAAAAAACCAAAAAUUAGUGUUUCAUUUGGACAUGAAAACUUUAAUUUAGUAUUAAAUAUGAUGAUCGGAAUUCAAAUGGCAGUAAGCAGUAUUAAUAUAGCAGAUGACUAUGAAGUUGGUUCAAAAGAUUUUAAAUUAAAAUAUUAUUUUGAACUCCUACCAAGAAGAGCAUAAGGUGAUAAAAGCUCUUUUAAAGUAUGUUAGUUCUUUGAUUAUGCUCCACGAGUAUUUAAUAGUAUUAGAACUAUUUAUGGAAUAGACAAUCAUUAAUAUCUAAAAAGUAUUGGUCCUGAAUCUAUUUUACAAUCUUUAAUUAAAGGAGAUUUAUCUUGUCUAUAAGAAUUAACAUCGACAGGAAAAAGUGGAAGCUUUUUUUAUUAUACAGCAGAUGGGCAGUUUACUUUAAAAACAAUACAUCAUUAAGAGUUUCGAUUUCUGAAAUAAAUUAUGAGAAAUUAUUAUUACCAUCUCAAAAAUUAUCCAGAAACAUUGAUUAUAAAGUAUUAUAAACAUUUAAACAAGAUUAUUUGGAAUGCAUAAGAUUGGUAUAAAAUAUUAGACUAUGUUAAGAGAAAAAGUUAUUUAUUUUGUGAUUAUGAGCAAUGUGUUUUCAACAAAUCAUGAAAUUAAUGUUAGAUAUGACUUAAAAGGUUCAACCUAUGGAAGAUAUACUGUUGAUAAGUAAGAAACUGUUAUUUAAAGCAAGCGAUCCAACUGUUGCCAGAAAAGAUUAGAAUUUCUUAGCAGAUAAAGAAAAAAACUUAAAACUGAAUAUCAAUAAGAAUAAAUCAAUGCUUUUUUUCAAUCAAUUAGAAAAAGAUUGCAAGUUUUUUGAAGAUAAUGAUAUCAUCGAUUAUAGUCUAUUAUUAGGUUUACAUGCUAAAGGCAAUAAAUUAAUGGAUAAUGAAUCUUCUGUUUAUUCAGAAAAUCCUUAAUUUGAUGAUUUUAGUAAGAUGGUAACGGUUGAUAAUUAAUACACUUUAUAUAUAGGCAUAAUUGAUAUCUUAACAAAUUUCAGCACAAAAAAAAAACUUGAAUUCUUAUCCAAAAGAGUCAUUUAUGGUCCAACAAUAUCAGCAAUACCUCCAAGAGAUUAUGCCGAAAGAUUCUUAAAAUUUUUAAAGGAUCAUUUAUUUACGAAUUGAAAAAAAUUAU